CCCACCGGACGCAGUGCCAUCCAGUGCCUCCCCUCCUCUCCAACAUGUCCGUGCUCGUGAUGAAGCUGAAGAAGUGGAAGGACAGCCGUCCCAACAGAAACACCUUCCCCACCAGCCACCUGGAGACCUGGGAUGAACGACAGCGGCGCAAGGCGGCUCUGCUCAUCAUCUACAUCAAGACGCUCGUCUACUUCUCCGUCGUGGCGAUGGUGAUGCCGCCCACCUGGCCGUACCUCCAGUCGCUGGACCCGAACGCCUCCAAGACACUGGUCGGAUGGAUCAUUGUUGGGGUACCGGCUCUACGGCCGGUCAAUGCUCUACUCGUUGGUUGGCUUCUGAAGAAGUUCUCCAUUCGAGCUGUGACUAUUGUGUCCGGGGUCUUCAUUUUGGUCUCGUGCGCUAUGUGGUCUACGGCCUACCAUGCACCCAUCUAUGGCGGCUACUGGCUCCUCAUCUCCCGCUUUGUCAUCGGUUUCUUUGGAGCCGAGUUUCAGAUCGGCACUACGCAUGUGGCCUCGGCUACCACUAAGGAGGAAAGAAGCACUGCCAUGACGAUACUGGCUGGCUGUCUCAGUAUCGCCUACAUGAUGGCUCCUGGAGUGAUGUCGGCGAUCUCGUUCGUCGGUCCCGUGGGUAUCACCGUCUGUGGCUUCAUCCUCAACAUGUACACCGUCGCGGGCCUGCUGGGACUGGCCGUGUACGCCGCUGCGCUCGGCCUCUUCUGUUUUUACUAUGAAGAGAGUGAUAUCGCAGUUAGAGAGGAGAAACUGGCGGAGGCAACUUCAGGAGGCGGCUCAGCUUCUUCUGAUCCGGAAGAAGAUCUCUUCCCUUCCCGACCAGUAACCACCGACUACCUGGCUGUGGCCGUGUGUAACCUAGUGGGUGCCCACUGCUACGGAUGGCUUCAGCUACCAGACACCAUGAUGACCCCCAUGGCUAUGGAUCUGUACGGAUGGUCUGAAGAACAUGCUGUACGUCGUGCUGGAAACAUUCUCACGCUCUACGGUAUCCUAGCUCUGGCUGGAUUCGCUCUCUCCGGACGUCUUGCGAAGAGAUUUCCUGAGAGGGGAAUCAUGUUAGGUGGUACUUUGAUGUACUUGGUAGGUGCGCUAGUUAUGUUUCCAGUUAUGGGACCGACGCCACCCAUGGCUGGUCCUCCCCCGGGCAACAACUCACAGCUGGAGGUGAAUGUCACAGCUUUACACCUCAUGAAGUCGUAUCGCUCCCCCGGUGGUCACGCCUACGUCAUGAAUCUUGCCGAGGGUGGCAGGCAGGAGCAGCUACCGCUUCAGCUGCGUGACCUUGAUCCUGUCACUGGACGUCAGCUAGGCUGUCCUGCAACGCAAAGUUGGUGUUUGACCGAACCUCGACCUCACCUAGCACAGCUUAUCAUCAGCUUUGGACUUGUCAUGUGUGCCACUCCUUUCGUCCUGCCCAUGGUCAACUCGUGUAUUUCGAAACUCCUUCCUGCCGGCAACCAAAGUGUCAUGUGGGGGAUCGUGAAUGGCUCUGCCAACGUUGGGCGUCUGAUCUACCCACUCCUCAACAUCUAUCUGUAUACCUUUCUCGGGGUUCGUGCACAGUAUGGCGUCAUGAUCGGACUUUGUGCUUUGUGCGUGGUGUUACUUCUGGUGACUUUCAGACGUCUAAGGCCUCGUCAAGAAACAGGUGACAAGAUUCCUCUCACCGAUACUGGCAAACCUGGCUAUGGAGCCACGAAGGCAGACCAGGGCUGAUGGAAAAGGAAGGAGGAGAGGGUGCUGGUUUGUUUCUUGAUGUUGUUAACGAUAUAAUAAUCGAUACGGAAAGACAUUCCAAACGAAGAAUAGCUAUCGAAUGACGAUGGCAACCGACUGCAUUGCGUGGAUGAUUAUUCGCGUUAGCUACACGCCGAUUAAUGAUCCAUUAAUUACUGGCAAUGACUUUGCAUGGCUAUUGGCAAGUUAUCAGCGAGCAAUGGAUGUGUCUUGGCGAGAAUAUGUUACUUACAGCGAGAAUAAUAAAUGGACGGAUGAUAA